CCUAUACUAAAACUAACGUUUUUUACCCGUACAGAUUUGCCCUUCGCGUAACAUACCCCAUCUGCGUAACAUACCCCAUCCGCGUAACCGUUUUUUCCCCAUUUCGUUCGCUUCCUGAUUUUCAGACUUUCAGUUACGAUGCUUUCCCCUUGUUUUACGCUCCCCUGUAUUAUCUCCUUCCGUUUUCACCGUGUCUUUCUGUAUCAACCAAUCGCUUAUGCCAUAUCUCAUCUUUGCUCUGUCUAUCAUAAGCUACGACCAAACGCAUAUGUUGAUGUGAAGUGUUCCAAUUGUUCUGUUAUCCAUAUGGAUUCCAUUGUUAUGAUUAUGCUGAAGUUGGGUGGAAGUUGGACCAAUGACUAUAACUUCAACAGUAACCUCACCUUUGCUAUUCAAGUUCUUUACUCAUCUACAUACAAAGACUUUAUAGAGCAA